GAGCAGAGAGCGCCGCCUGUGUGCUGCUAACCCCACCGCCUGUGUGCUGCCGACCCCGCGGCUACGGAGUUUGACCUGUUCGAGGCUUCUUAUUCAGAUUCGUAUUAAACACGGCGGCCGGAGCUGCGCGCGGGAUGGAUCCGAGCACUACGAUUCUGCGAGUGAAGCGGAAGAGGGGCACCGACCCCGCGGACGCUCUGCUGCUGGCGUGUAAGCGGAUCCGGCCGGAGUCGAGCUCAGCGCCGCCCUCAGCCGAGCCCGUCCCGGAGCCCGCGGAGGCCGACAUAGAGAGCUCGGUCUUUAAGCUCGUGGCCACGGUGGCUUCACAGGAUGCUCCAGUCCAGACACACGUCCGUGAGGCUCUGUCCCGCCCUCGCCUGGCUCACGCCCUGCGUCCCUCUCAGGGCAGCUCCCAGAGGAUCAUUGGUGACUUGCGCAGUGCCAAAUGGAGCACCAGGCGAGAGGAGCGGUACCGGAUCCUCUCCAGCCACCGGGCAGGGCUUCCAGCAGAUCCGUCCACAGCAAGAGAGAGGGAGGCCCAGGAGAACGGUGCUCAGACAGAGACGGAUCCGUGUUUUCCUUUGGGAGAUGUGCAGGUGUUCGAUAUCGUUCAGGAGGAGGAGGAUGGGGAGGAUGAGAAAGCUCUUGGCAAGAAUAUGAAGUCUGACCCAGAAACAAUCCUGUGCAAUUCAGUGAAGAUGAUUCGCGAGAAGCUGACCUUGUCAACUGAUGGACUUGGAACCGAACAUCGCGAGAAGGAAGAUGACUACGUCUAUGACUUGUACUACCAGGAAACAGCCACACCAGGCUGGAUACAGGACAUCUUGUCUGUCAGACCCUAUACAGAGGAGGGGGAGCUGGUGCCUGAGGACGUAGCCUGGGAGGAGGAGGUGUACGAAGAUGAGGACGACGAGAAUGAAGAGCGCAACUGGAGAAACGACUAUCCAGAUGAGGAGGACAGUGAAGAAGACAGUGAUGCUGAAGAGCGCUAUGGAGGCUGUUGGAGUGAGGAGCAUUCGUACAGCCGGAGGAGCUGGGAGCGCUACCGGAAGGAUGUGAUGAAGGAGCUGGAUGACGAAGACGAGGACGAAGACAGAGAAGACUGUGAUUCUGACUGAAGCCCUCUGUGUGCACAUGUGCGUGUUUGAGUGCGAGAGGGGCCAUUUUUACUGUGUGGUGUUUUGUUCAAAGUGAACGUGUGGUAGUUGAUGCAUAUAUUAGCUCGGGGUGCUUUGCAUUGUGUGGUAGUGAGACGGAUGAUGUACUACGUGGCGUUGCGUUGUUCUGCGGCUGUUUGACGUGCAUGGUAGAGCGGACAGGCAAGUAUGGUAGCAGUUGAGUUUGUAUACGUGUGGAUUGAUUUGUGUUGUCGAGUGUGUGUUUGUUUUAACAUUCCCCGUUUCCAAAGGGUGACAGACUAUUUGUACAUAUGUAGAUGUGUAUAAAACAAAAAAUAAAGAUUUGAAAAUGAA